AUGAAAGUUGUCCUUACUGGAAGUACGGGGUUUAUUGGCGGAGAGGUCUUGAACCAGUGCAUUGCACAUCCCAGAAUCGCAUCCAUUGUUGUGCUUUCCCGACGCGAAUUGAGUGGUCCAGCGGCAGCCAGUACGAAAACGAAAAUCGUUAUCCUCAAAGACUUUCUGAACUACCCAGAAGAGGUUCUCUCCGAGCUCCAAGACGCAGAUAUUUGCAUAUGGUCGUUGGGUACAUAUCGGGGCAAGCAGGACGUUGAAGUUGGAUAUCCUAUCGCGUUCUGCAAUGCCAUAUCCCGAGUUCAGAAUGAGGCUUCGGACACGCCAUUUCGGUUCGUCUAUCUCAGCGGGAUGCUAGCGAUAACAAAUCAAGAUGAAUCAGUGCAUUUUCUGUCAUCUCCUCGAAAAGCAAAGGGUAUGGCUGAGACCAAGAUCCUCGCCAGGCCGGAAGAACGGGGCGGAACCAAACGUUCAUGGGAGACGUACGUCGUUAGACCCGGCUAUGUGCUUUCCAAAGAGCGAGGAGGAAUGAUCACCGCUAUAUUCGGCAAUGCGUCGAUGUUACGUGUGGACGAACUAGCAGCAGCAAUGAUCGAGGUGGCUCUGAAUGGGCACCCGGAAAGAAGGCUGUUCCAUCCAACUCUCGUUAAAGAGGUGGCAGAAUAUCAUCGCAAUUUUAUGAAACCACGAUACAGGCGGUCCUAA